AUGCCUCGCGGUGUCAUUAUCUUCGAGGAGAAGGCUGGUCAGCGGGUGCCGAUCAACCAGUUCCCAUGGCAUCUGAUCCACAGCUUGCAGUUUGACCAUAAAAAGUUCCAGAUCAUUAAGCGCUGCAUCUCGGAUCCUGACGCCGUUCCUUCCGUUGCCGAAAGCCUUGAAUCAUUUGUAUUUUUUGCUGAUUCUUAUGACAAGCGGAACUCAGAUACGGAUUCCGGCAUAUCCCGGGAGCCUUCGCCGGACAAGAAAAGCCAGACGGGGAAACAUGAUCACCACGAAAGGCCGAUCGACGUCGACCGGAAUGGUCUGAUGUCUCCCGUACUCGCUAAAAGCGAAGGUCAUGAAACGAAGACGCGGCAAAUCUCUGCCGUUUGUAAUAACAUUCCCUCCGCCGAUGUCAGUAUUCCUUCCAGGGAUGUGUCGCUUGCCGUGUCGCAAAAUGACAACCUGUCAACGAGUCUUGUGCAGCGUUUGGAUUCAGCGGUCAAAAGUUCUGACUAUCUCCUCGUUGAAGUCACCCUUAUCAGAGAUGCGCAGGUUGGACUUGGUCUGAUGCUGGUCGACGGCGAAAUCGAAGGUUUCGAAGGGGUCUAUAUCAAAUCGAUCAAUCCUGGAGGUCCAGCAGAUUUGGACGGUCGACUCAGAAAAGGUGACCGAGUGAUCAGCAUAAAUGGGGUCAGUUUGGAGGGCAAAACACGUUUGGACGCUGUAAACCUCGUUCGUCAGUGCAAAGACGCAACAGUAGCCAUCCAAGUUCUGCGAUUGACUUGGUUGUACGGUGAGGGCGAUGAAAUGGGAACAGAAGGCGAAACGGCUGACGGCUGCAAGACACUGAGGCUGUCUUCGAAUGCUGAGGCUGCGGACGGCUUCACACAUUCCAACAAUGUUCUUGAUGCUGGAAGAAUCUCCGCUGACCCGCCGCUGGCCACCGACGAUCUGCCGGACAUUAUCAGAAGUGAACGUGGUCACGAGAUAUACAGCGAACUAUACAGUGACAGCGAAGAGAAUUCAAAGGGACAUUCGUCUAGCGCGGACAGUGGCGACGACAAUGAUCACAAAGCACCCGAAAACGCGGUCGGUAAUUCCACUUAUCGUCUUGAUCGGAAUGAGUCCCACGGCGAGAGGACGUCUCGUCUGACGACGAGUACCGAAGGCGAAUCAAGACCGGACAUUGACUGGACCGAGACUAUCGUCUUCGAUACGUCUUGUUGGGAUGAAAAUGAGGUAAUAUUAAACAUCUGGCAGCUGCACGCCUCGGCUGAUCUCAUUGAAGUGACCCUUGAAAAGAACCAGAACGGCAACCUAGGAAUUCAGGUAGCCGGCGGCAAAGGCCAAAAACGUAUAUACAUUAAGAAGCUCGUUGCCGAGCCGGCGUUGUCUUGCCGGGACAUUGUUCCAGGUGAUCGGCUGGCGGGAGUGAAUGGUAAAUGUACCGAAGGUCUCAAUCACAGUCAGGUUGUUACUUUACUGAGAAACGCAUCUUCUCCGGUUUCUCUGACCCUGUGGAGGUCGAAGAUCAAGUCUAGCGUCAUAUCUUUCCACUCUGAGGACUCUUCUCCUGAUACCAAGGACGUUGCCUUCUGUGUUUUCGACAUAGUUCUCCAUAAGCCUGCCUCCGGUUCACUUGGUCUGAGUUUGGCGAAGCGCCUGAACGACGAAGGGAUCUACAUCAAAGGUAUUAUGAAAGGAAGCGUGGCCGCCGCUGAUGGCAACCUUCGCAUUGGUGACCGGAUAUGGAAGAUCAACGAUGUAUCGGUGUCCGACGCCACUCCGAAUGAGGUGGUGCAGAGGCUGAAAGAGGCACAAGGCGUCGUCAAGCUGACCGUGCGAAGGAACGCCAUCGACGGAGAAUCGUGA